AUGUCAUACGGUUUAGUCCUCUUUGACUGUGAUGGAACAACGGCCGUUAUUCCAAGGCGUCAACUAAAAGAAGAUGCGACUGUGGGGCAGCAAUUUCAUCUGAAAGCAGCUGGGAACCACCUUUGUGAAAUCUUACAUCUUGCAGACACAAAGGAUGAACUAGACCAAUGGGAGCGAGUGUGGUCAACAACAUCAAGAAGCAAGAUGAUCGACCAAAAGAGGGACAGGGGUGAAACAAGUGGAUUUCUUGACCAGCAGAGUCUUCAACCAUUUGUUCUGUUUGACCCAGUAACUGUUACCGACUCAGCUGUUCCCAAAAACUCUGGAAAAUGCAAGAAGUCAUCUCCAAAACAACAAAACAGAAAACUAAAGAAUAAAAAAAUCCCGAACACAAGAACCAAGAAAGUGACCCCUAAACCAAAAGGUGCAUCGACUCCAAAGUCAACUCUAAAAAGGGCAUCACAUCCACAAGAUGCCUCAACUCUAAAAGAGGCGACAAUAUUAUUGGGCUCCAAUUGGAGGCAGUUGAACGUCCUGUGUCAAACAGACGUCUACAAUGGCCCAGGAGCUAAACCAAAAAGAGCUCCUGUCCAUGUGGCUGACUUGAGCCAGGACCAACAAGAUCUUUUGGCAAGUCAUAUUUAUAUCCAACAUGACCACAAAGCAACGAUGACUGAGCCAGCAAUGACUUUUCUUACAGCAGAAGAGAUUGCAGGAUUUGUUUGCAUCAAUCGUGUGAGUAAAAAAACUGGAUGUUUUUAAAAAGAAACUUGACUCAUUUGAGAGUGUAAUACGCAGUGUUGAGACACAGUUACAUAUAUUGGUGUCCCGUGAGGUUAGUUUUCUAACGCUGUUCCUAUUGUUGAUGUAACUGGUCCUGAUGUGUUUGAUGUCAAUAAUGGAUCUGUCAGUUCUGUGUCUUAAUGUGACGUACAUGAUAUUGCUGUUGUGUCUGUGAGUGAUGCUGUUGGUCAUGAUGUGUCUAUUGGGCAUUACAGUAUUUCUUUGUCUGGUGGCAAUGAUGUUAGUAAUGAAAUACUCACUGUAGCUGGGUGUGAAACUAGUUGUAGAGCAAAUCAAGAUGCAUCUAUUGCUUGCAGUAUUGUAGGUUAUGAAAGCGUGUCUGAGGCAGGUGGGUUGAAGGUCAUAGUAGUUUUUCUGUAGAAGGUUGGGUUGCAUGAUGUGAUAGUUUGUCUCUUCUAGCAGGUGGGUUUGCAGGUAGUGAUAGUAUGUCUGUAGCGGGUGGGGUUGCAAGUCGUGAUGGUUUGUCCAUAGCAGGUGGGGUUGUAGAUCUUUAUAGUUUGUCUGUAGAAGGUGGGUAAGCUGGUCGUGAUAGAUUUUCUGUAGAAGGUGCGGUUGAAGGUCGAGAUGGUUUGUCCAUAGAAGGUGGUGUUGUAGUUCGAGAUGGUAUGUCCAUAGAAGGACGUGUUGUAGGUACAGGUGUUUUUUCUGUAGGAGGUGGUGUUGUAGGUCGCGAUGGUAUGUCCAUAGAAGGUGUUGUUGUAGGUACAGGUGUUUUUUCUGUAGGAUGUGGUGUUGUAGGUAGAAAUGGUUUGUCUGCAGAGGUGCAGUUGUAGGUAGAAAUGUUUUGUCUGCAGAAGGUGCAGUUGUAGGUAGAAAUGGUUUGUCUACAGGAAGUGCAGUUGUAGGUAGACAUGGUUUGUCUGCAGAAAGUGGAGUUGUAGGUAGAGAUAUUUUGUCUGCAGGAGGUGGAGUUGUAGGUAGAAUUGGUUUGUCUGCAGGAGGUGGAGUUGUAGGUAGAGAUAUUUUGUCUGCAGGAGGUGGAGUUGUAGGUAGAAUUGGUUUGUGUGCAGGAAGUGGAGUUGUAGGUAGAGAUAUUUUGUCUGCAGGAGGUGGAGUUGUAGGUAGAAUUAGUUUGUCUGCAGGAGGUGGAGUUGUAGGUAGAGAUGGUUUGUCUGAAGGAGGUUGAGUUGUAGGUAGAAAUGGUUUGUCUGCAGGAGGUGGAGUUGUAGGUAGAAAUGGUUUGUCUGCAGGAGGUGGAGUUGUAGGUAGAGAUGGUUUGUCUGCAGGAGGUGGAGUUGUAGGUAGAGAUGGUUUUUCUCCAAGAGGUGGAGUUGUAGGUAGAGAUGGUUUGUCUACAGGAAGGGGAGUUGUAGGUAGAGAUGGUUUUUCUGCAGGAGGUGGAGUUGUAGGUAGAGAUGAUUUGUCUACAGGAAGGGGAGUUGUAGGUAGAAAAGGUAGAAAAGGUUUGUCUGCAGGAGGUGGAGUUGUAGGUAGAGAUGGUUUUUCUGCAGGAGGUGGAGUUGUAGGUAGAAAUGGUUUGUCUGCAGGAGGUGGAGUUGUAGGUAGAGAUGGUUUGUCUGCAGGAGGUGGAGUUGUAGGUAGAACAUGACGGGAAUGUUUCAAGAUUCAAAUAAAGAAAUGAUUGAUAGCUCAUUUAAUAGAAAAAGUACACGAAAAGCAUUGUCGCCAAGGAGAAAAUUGCUGAUACUAAAUGGAGCACAACAGGCGUUUCCUGGAGUUGGAAAAUGCGUCAGGUAUAUUGCCGCAGCUAUCAACAGUGGAUUAAAAAAUAAAAGAAACUAUCAGAAAAAGAAGUAAAGAAGAAACUAUGGGAACUCAUUACCAGUUAAUAUAAUGAAAAGAGCGAUUCAAUGAGAAUCUAACUAUUCUUAAACAAUAUGUGUUAAGUUAUUUGUACCAGUGCAAUAGUUUUGUUUAUCAGUUCUGUGAACGAAAUAAGCAUUCCAUCAUUCCAUAUAAGUCUAACACACCAAAAUAUUUUGUAAAAUUCUGCAAACAAACUGUUUGAACCGGGAUUUUUAUUGUUAACUCUUUCAAUGUGUUUAAACACUCGUAUUCUGGAAGCAAUCCGUCACGUUUGUUUUUUCAUUUUCUAUGAGUCUUUUUAUAUUUAAGUUAAAGAAAUGUGAAUUUUUUAGAGUAUUUGGUCAUUAUCUAUUUUCUUGCUAUAAAGGUUUAAGUAAAAGUGUCUUUGUAUGUUUAUUAUAGGCUUUAUGUAUGUUACUUCUAUGUUAUGUAUUGAUAACUGUUGGUUUUACUUUGGUAUUGUGUUUUUUUCAAGAUUUGCAAAGUAUUCGGUAUUUUUCCCAUUAUGUUCAAUGGGUAUAGCUCUUGCUCUUACUAACAUGUCAUUUAUUUUCUCAUCUAUACUUUUUAUAAUAUAUAUAUAUAUAUAUAUAUGGUACACUUACAUGGUACCAUGUUAGUGUUCGUGUGUCGUAAAUAGAUGCAUUUGCGGGAAAUUAAAAAAAAACUAGCAUUUUGUAUCUACAAACAUUUAUGUUACCAGACAACAUGUAGAGUUGAAAUUUUUGAUAGUGCUAUUAGGAACUCUGAUUAAUAAUGGGUUAACUUUAUUUUAUGAAAUUGUUGAUUGAUGAGUAUUUAUGGGGCUUUAAUUUGAUUUUGAUACUCUUCAUUUAAAAGAUUGUUAAGUUUAAAAUAACCAGGUCCUUUGUGUUGUAUUAUAGUAAUUGAUUAUUUCAAUCAAAUAAUGGUCUGUCUUGUAUCCUGGUUUUAUGUUUGUUUUAUUAAUUUAUUAUAGAUCUAGACCAAAGUUAGAUCAAGACCAAAGUUUAGUCAAAUUACACUGAAACCUUUGUGGCAUGUUAGUGCAAUGCUAAAUAACAUACAUAUGCAUAUGAACCUUUUUCCAUUUGUUCUCUUAUGUCUAUGUUGUGCAUGCGAUAUUAUGCUUCAUUUGUUUGUUAUUGAUAGAUUCGAAACCAGAGAAAUAAAUAUGCAAUACGCUUAGAUAACUUGUCUUUUAUGAUAUAUAGUAAAAAGAAACGAUCACGUUAAUCGACAUGUUUUGGAAAUUGUACUUUUCUGUAUCUUGUGAGGCAUAAUUAUCUUCUACUAAAAAGAUAUUUCAUUGGGGGUUUUCGAAAAGGCAUUCUAAACUAUGAACUAAAUGCAGCAUUUGUUUAAAUUGUCCACUGACAAUGACAGAUAGUUCACACUAAGAUGUUAAAGCCACUCACUUUGAAAUGAAGUACACAUUAAUCAAAACAUAAAGAUGCAAUUUGAAAGUUUGCAAAAUUGUCAUUAAAUCUUUAGCCUAGUUAGCAAGUUUUGUUGUUUUUUUAAACCGAAAGUAGGAUUUCUUUAUAUAUGCAUACAUUUCGACAAAGGCGAUUAUUUUUAAGUUUAAGCGCAAAAAAGACGGAUUUCUACCACCACAUAUUCUAAUUUAGAUUGAUAAAAUUAAUUUAUAGCCUAGUAAGCAAGUAAUGUAUUAUUUUUUAAACGGUAACGCAUUUAAAACCGAAAGAAAGAUUUCUAGAUGUAUACGUCCAUUUCCACAAACGCGAUUAUUUUUAAGUUUUAAAGCAUAAAAGAGACAGAUUUCUAUCUUGUAAACACCAAAUAUAUUCUAAUUGGCAUAGAUAAAAUAUGUUUCUUAUUUAUACUUUAAUUUACUAUUCCAAGUAUUGCAUUUCAAGGUGUGUGGCUUUAAUUGAUUGUGCAAUGAAAGGUGUGUCAAGUCUCUAUGUUUGUCAUUCAGCAAUGUAAUAAGAAAUAACUUGCAGCACAGAAAGACAACGAAUUUUAGGUAAAUAUUGAGCCCUGAAUGUUGAAUGUUGCACAUGUUGGUCGGUCGGUCCGUCCACCAAAUGGUUUCAGGAUGAUAACUCAAGAACGCUUAGGCCCAGGAUCAUGAAACUUCAUAGGUACAUUGAUCAUGGCUGGCCUAUGACCCCUACUGAUUUUUAGGUCACUAGGUCAAGGGCAUGUUCUGGGGGCAUUUCCAACAGCGGAACACUUUUUCAGAAGGGCUUUAGCAACAGCUUUAAUUUACCAUUCUCAAUUAACUCCCUUUGUUAUCUGAUUUGAAUGAAAACAAAGGCAUUAGAAAUAUUUGCUUUCAAUUAUAAAUGUUUUUAUUCAAAUUUGUAACACAUUUACUAUAAU